ACGUGGUUAUUGGUCGUCGAACUUCAGACUGGAAACUACUUGGUUAGCCGGAGCUACUUUGAGAUUAGGUCGCGGGCGUUGCUUUAUACAAGUCUACGAAUUUUAGUUUAUGCGGACGAGAAGAUUUAUUCGGUUGUUUUGGCGGGAAUCAAACAGUUUGUUGUUGAAUUGUCUGAUCAGAUCCCCGGGGGCCGCGUGACCGCGUCUGCUGCGACCGACUGAGCGACUCGUCCGGCGGCGGCAUGAAGCUCUACAGCCUCAGCAUCCACCACAAAGGAGCGACCAAAGCCAACCUCCUCAAGUCGGCCUUUGACCUCUCCUCCUUCAGCUUCUUCCAGCGCUCCAGUGUUCAGGAGUUUAUGACCUUCACCAGUGCCUUGAUUGUAGAACGGACGUCGCAAGGAAGUCGUGCCUCCAUCAAAGAACAAGAGUACCUGUGCCAUGUGUAUGUAAGAAAUGACAACCUCAGCGCCGUGGUCAUCGCAGAUACCGAAUACCCGCAGAGAGUCUGCUUCACAUUGCUCGACAAGGUAUUAGAGGAGUUCUCCAGGCAAGUAGACAGUAUCGACUGGCCCUCUGGUAACCCUGACACCAUAAGCUACAAAGCCUUGGAUAGUCACCUUGCUAAAUACCAGAAUCCCAAAGAAGCUGACGCAAUGACCAAAGUGCAGGCAGAGCUGGAUGAGACGAAGAUAAUUUUGCACAACACCAUGGAGAGUCUGUUGGAGAGAGGGGAGAAGCUGGAUGACCUUGUGGCAAAGUCGGAGCACUUGGGAACCCAGUCCAAGGCCUUCUACAAGACCGCACGGAAACAGAACUCGUGCUGUGAAGUCAUGUGAUGUCGCUGCCUCGACCUUGUGGACACGCCUCUCUCUCCUUCUCUGCCUUUUUUUGCUCUUCCUACAUCUCCCGUCACGCACCAGCCAUCAUCUCUCGACUCAAAGGACGUGGUGGACGGCGCCCAGUCUGAGGGCGCUGCGGUGGUCGAGUAUCCCGUGGCUGGACUGCGACUGAUGGGGGGGGGGGGGGAGGGGCUGAAGGGGUGACAGGAGUUUGGGCGUGAGGGAAGAAGUACCAUUUUUGAAUCGUUUUUCACCUCUCAAACAUCGAUGUGGUGCUCCAACACCAGCUGCUGACAUCAUAGCGUGACGUGUUUCAGGUGGCGUCGGAUUUAAUGUCGUUCAGAUGGAACCACAUCUCUUAAAAGUUCUCCAACGGGCAACUCUUGACAAUCUCACGGCCUCAUUUGGGGAUUUAAUUCUAUGCGUCGCCCGCGUCUGUUCAGUUUCUGUCAAAGCACAAACAGUUUAGUAAUUUUUCUUCACCGUCAACGCCCACUAGGUGGCCCUGUUUAUUUACCGCUGUUGCUCCAGAAGGUCUCGAUGACGAGUUUGAUCGGGGAAUAACUCUUAACUUGAGUUUAAGACGGCAUGCCGUCUCUCUUUUUUUUUUAAACGACGAUUUCGAAAUUCUAGUUUGGAUGAAGUUACAUGACGUCUUUGAUUUUUAUUUAAUUUUUCUCACUCGUCUGUGUUAAAUGAAACCUUCAAACAUUCCCACUCUGGGGUGAGUGUGUUCUCGAGUGUGAUGUGAAAUGUAGAGAGAUGUUUCUUCAUACGCAGCCUUAUUGCAGAGCGGCUAACGUGUAACCCCCCCCCCCCCGGCCCCGUUGGAGACAAUGCCGUCUCAUGAGGAGGACGGGGCUCGUAAGCUAUUAUUUUACUCUAUGCUUGUUUAUUUUUGUUUUUAUUAAUCACUCUGGUGGUCCACUUACGACACUCAAGCGGGCCAGGGGCUCAUCUGGAAUCCCAGAUGUUGGUUCUGGGGAAGCUUCUCCUGAGACGUAUUUGAAAGAUGUCUGAUGUCAAAUUGAUUGAAUUUCACAUCCCCCUCUCUAACUUUAAGACACUCCGUGGCAGACUUUAAUUUUCUGUUUCCGUUAGCUUUGUAUGUAACGUCUUUCUCCAGGGAAGGUGGAUCGGUGACGAUGAAGAGAGGCCUUCGGUUGAGUGUUUUAGGUGUUUCUCUGCCGUGCGUGUGAUUUGCUGAUAUGCAGCAUCGAUGUCGUGUGCCUGUGCGUGAGGACUGUUGUGUGUGUGAGAUCUGGAUCUUUCUGCUUUUACAGUGUAAACUUGUUGUGCAAUAUGUCUGCAGAAUGUCUCUUUACUAAAAAAUACAUUUAAAAAAAGCUGAUGCUAAAUACAGAGAUCUCUCUUGAAGAACUGUCAAAUUGACCUUUUGUAUAUGCUGCUAUGACUAAUUCCCAUGUGAAAGCGUGUCCACGGUUUUGAUUUCUCCUUUGUCCAAAUAUACAUUGAAUGUGCUACAUUUAAAAAUAAUUGGUGUAUUAACGGUCUGCAUUGAACGUUUUGAUCCGGAUUUGGUGUGACAAAGACGUCACAUAAUAAACUUUUCUUUUCUGUCUGUAUUAACAAUUUGUUGUAUUUCCUUUUUGGAACACUGAUUGUUUACAGAAUGUGUUAUCUUGCUGAGAUAAACAUCAACAAUGAC